AUGGGCACAAGGCCAACCCUCUCGUGCAGGUGGCAGCUUGGCCCUUCUGAUGUGCUUUAUUCCGUUAAGUGGUACAAAGAUGGCAAGGAGUUUUUUAGACACGUCCCACGAGAUAGUGAGACAAGGAGAAAAUUCUUUUUACCGGGCGUGGAUGUUGAGGAUUCAAGCCCAAAUGGUGCCAAUGUGACGUUGGCGCCUGCUGCAUUGGAGACGGGCGGCCGUUACCGCUGCGAGGUGUCUGGCGAAAGACCCUUGUUCCCCACAGUCUCCGACCAUUCAGAUAUGAUCAUAGUUGCCCUUCCAGAAUUCGGUCCGAUGAUUACUGGGUCCAAACUGCGGUACCACGUUGGUGACCGUGUCCAAGUAAAUUGCACUUCUGGCCGGUCACGGCCAGCGACACGGCUUUCUUGGUACAUCAAUGGAGAACCAGCACCCGCAGCAGCCGUGCUUGCACCAGAACAUCACAGUCACGAGGACGGCCUAGAGACCACGAGUUUAGCACUCGACUUCAAAGUUAAACCAAAGCACUUUAGGAAAGGAGACCUCAAACUCAAAUGUCUAGCGACGAUAGCUACAGUGUAUUGGAGGAGCAACGAGGAAAGUGUUCAAGGGGAGAGGAUGAAGGGCUAUGCAAGGUCUCGGGAACUCGCUGAAAAUUCUAGAGCUGAUCGCGUCCAAGCUGCUGGCUGUGCAAACCCAUCUGCGCUUAUAACCAAAUUAUUACUGUUUUUCCUCAUUAUGACCAAUAAAAUAGAAAUGUUUAUACCUUUUCAAUUAUUUUAA